UUCCCGAACUUCCCUCCUUUCAUAUAACCAACCCUAGAUAUCCCUGCUUCGAAUUUGGGGGAUCGGAUCUAGUCUUGUACUCGAUUGAUCCGAUUUUUUUAUUUUCUUUCUUUUUCUAAUUUUUUUUUGGUUGGUUCAAUCUUUCUCGAUGGCGGGAGGUGAUAGUCCAGCUGAAACGAAGAAGGGAAGCUCCAAGACCUCUAAGAACAGUAAAGAGAGCACUCUCAAGCAGAAAUCUCCAGCUGAGUUUUUCGCCGAGAACAAGAACAUUGCUGGAUUCGAUAAUCCAGGGAAGUCGCUGUACACUACAGUGAGAGAGCUUGUUGAAAAUGCUCUUGAUUCUUCUGAGUCCAUCUCUGAGCUCCCUGAGGUUGAAGUUACUAUCGAAGAGAUUGGAAAAUCUAAGUUCAAUUCCAUGAUUGGUCUCAUUGAUCGGGAACGUGUUGACACCAAGCUCUAUGAUGACUAUGAGACUGACAAGGCCCGUGAGAAAAGGUUAGUAAAGGAAGCUCGUGCCAGCGAGAUACAAGCCAAAAAUUUGGCUUCAGGAAAGAAAAACAAAGAGCCUGGAGUCUCUAAGGUUUUAAAGGCCCGUGGGGAAGCAUCCUAUUACAAGGUUACAUGUAAGGAUAAUGGUAAGGGGAUGCCACACGAUGACAUCCCGAAUAUGUUUGGCAGAGUUCUGUCUGGGACCAAGUAUGGACUGAAGCAAACUCGUGGAAAGUUUGGUUUAGGGGCAAAGAUGGCUUUAAUUUGGUCCAAAAUGAGUACAGGCCUCCCCAUAGAGAUAUCUUCAUCUAUGAAGAGCCAAAACUAUGUUACGUUCUGCAGAUUGGAUAUUGAUAUUCACAGGAACAUCCCUCACAUUCAUCUACACGAGAAGAAGGCCAACAAAGAGAAAUGGCAUGGGGCCGAAAUACAGGUGGUAAUUGAGGGAAACUGGACAACAUACAGAUCAAAGAUCUUGCACUACAUGCGCCAAAUGGCUGUUAUCACUCCUUAUGCCCAGUUUCUAUUUAGAUUUAUUUCAGAAACACCCGAGAAAAAUGUCACUGUAAAAUUUACUCGAAGAACGGAUGUGAUGCCCCCAAUUCCUAUCGAGACAAAGCACCAUCCUUCGUCAGUUGACUUGCUGCUUAUCAAGCGCCUUGUUACAGACACUUCCAAAAAGACCCUUCUGCAGUUUCUUCAGAAUGAAUUUGUGAAUAUUAACAAAAAACUUGCAGCGCGAUUAAUUGGGGAAAUGGGACCCGAUUUCAGCCCUGGCAUGGCUGUCAAGUCUGUGACAUCUCAGCAAAUGGUGCGCAUACAUCAGUUAUUCCGCCAAGCUAAAUUCGACGACCCUAGUGGUGAUUGUCUUAGCCCGGCAGGAGAAUACAAUCUUCGUCUAGGGAUUAUCAAGGAGCUGCAUCCAGAUAUGGUGGCAACGCAUUCAGGCAGUGCUCAGGUCUUUGAAGGUCAUCCUUUUAUUGUUGAAGCUGGUGUUAGUGUGGGUGGAAGAGAUGUGAAACAGGGGAUAAACAUAUUCCGUUUUGCAAACCGUAUUCCUCUCCUUUUUGAACAAGGAGGUGAUGUUGUGACCAGAACAGCCUUAAAGAGAAUCAAUUGGAAUAGCUAUAAGAUUAACCAAACGCAAGAUAAAAUAGGAGUAUUUGUGAGCAUAGUGAGUACAAAAAUUCCUUUCAAAGGGACAGGGAAAGAAUACAUAGGAGACGACAUCAGUGAGAUAGCUACUGCAGUCAAGUCUGCAAUUCAACAAUGCUGCAUCCAACUGAAAUCCAAAAUAGUCAAGAGACUUCAAGCACGCGAACAACAAGAGAGAAAACGCAGUUUGAGCAGGUACAUCCCUGAUGCAACGGGAGCGGUGUACGAGGUCCUAAAACAAAUGACUGAAGAACAUACGAAAAAGAGAAAGCGUUACAAAGAGGAAGAAACCGCUAUGCUUGAGAAAGUGUCUAAACUUAUAAUCACAAAAGAAACAUUGAAAGAAAAGCUUGCUGAGCAUGUGGAACAGGUGGAUUACGAGAUGGCAUUAGAGUAUGCAACACAGAGUGGAGUGAGUGAAGAACCCAGAGAAAAUAUACAUCUCCAACAAUUGAAUCCCAACCAUUCCAACUUCAUUGAUCUUCACAGUCCGACCUUUGUCUUCAGGCUCAUCUUGUAAACUGUUUCUAUUACUAUUUUCGACUCAUCACUAUUAUAAUUUGCAGUCCCAUUUCUUCACUUUCUUGUGUGUGUGUGUUUUGUGUAAGAAUAAAUUUCGUUUGGGAGUUUUCAGACA